CUUCCUGGGGACUUCUGGAGUCGGUGAAGUCCGCGACCCCACCCCUGCGGCCGCUGUGUUCCCGGGGCCUGGGUGAUGGAGAACGGAGCGGUGUACGGCCCCACCACGGAGGAGGACCCGGGCCCUGCCAGGGGCGCCCGGAGCGGCCUCGCCGCCUACUUCUCGCUGGGCCGGCUCAAGCGGCAUCGGCGCGCGCUCAAAAUCUUGCAGCUGGUGCUGUCUCUGCUGGCCUUCAUCUGUGAGGAAGUCGUAGCACAGUGCACUCUGUGUGGAGGACUUUACUUUUUUGAAUUUGUGAGCUGCAGUGCCUCUCUGCUGAGUCUGCUCAUGCUGAUUGUGUACUGCACUCCGGUUUACGACAGAGUUGAUCCUGAGAAAGUCAAGUGUUCGGACUUCUAUAUUAUGUUGGGAACAGGAUGUGUGUUUUUAUUGGCAUCCAUCAUUUUUGUUUCCACACAUGACAAGACCUCAGCUGAAUAUGCGGCAACUGUGUUUGGAUUUCUUGCAAGUUUUAUGUUCCUGUUUGACUUUUUCACUAUGCUCUAUGAAAAACGACAGGAGUCCGCACUGAGAAAACCUGAGACUACUGCUCGGCCGGCAGAGGCCCUCACUGAACCGCUGAAUACUGGAAGGCGCUAGGGAGCAGUUGUUACAUGGGGUAGCUGCUGCACGGCGCCUGAGCCCUGGCAGAGACUCUUGUAAAAUUUGUGUAAUUGUUAAACCACUUCUUUUGAAGAACAAGGGGAGGGUCAGGAAGGCAGUCUUAUUGGUGUUGGACUGUGUGCCAGCCACCAAAAAUUAGGCCGGGGGGUUUUGUUUUUUUAAUUUUUUUAACAGUUGAAACUUUUUUGUUUCGGAGUUGAGCACAAUUGUUUCUUUAAAUCACAUAGCUCAACUGAUGAUAAAUUAUUCUAUCAUUGCUACGAAGCUUAACUUUUAAAUUAUGCUUUAUAGCUGUAUAAACAGCAUGAUUAAGUUCAUCCAUUUCGAAAUUGUUUCAUUUUUAAAUUAAUUUGCUUAGCUAUGAGUUUGCUUUUUGAUGAUUAGAUAAAAUUUAAUGUAUAUUUAAGAGAUCAAUAUUUAAAAUGUUGGUCUAGGUUUUUUCCUUAAAAUAUAAUACCUAGGCUUUCCUGUAUCUCACUCAGCCUUAAAAUUAUAUUGUAACAUUUUAGGAUAAUUAUUAUUAACUCUUGCUGAGAUCUUUUACAACCAAAUAGAAAAUGCGUGGGAAAUGUUGGUACUUUAUAUGUAUAAAAGUAACAACAUCAGCAACCCAUGUUUAUACUACACUUUGAUUGCUGUUGAUAUCAAAUUAAAAAAAUAAGAUUUUUGUAUAAUCUAACACACAGAAAAAUGGAAGAAACUGAUAUCAUGCCUAAGGACCAAAGAUAAGAAAGAUAAACUUUUUGCUCAGUAUGGUGAAAGUAAUUACAAAAGCAAGCUUUGACCACUUACCAAGUGUCUGAAGAUACGAUGGGUUAUACCAUGAGUUAGAAAAUGGUCUUUUUCCUUUUUGGCAUGAGUAUUUUUAUUGAAGUUAAUACAACUCUGCCGGUCCUCUUCAGCAUUGUCCUUGGAGCCAGUCUUCUUUUUAAAACCCCAGAUUUUGAUUUUUCAUCUAUUUGAGAUGCUCCAUUUUGUGUCUCCUUAUCAGAAUGGUCCAUACACUGCUUUAUCAUCUGGCAAAGGUGGACCUCUGGCUCUGACUCUUGUCGGCAGCUAUCUUUGGGUGGUCCAGGAUCUCGGGCCCUUUAAAUUGCAUAGAGUGUGUAGCUAGAUCUUUAGGUUUUUUGUUCCCACACAGGCAUUGUUCUAGUUUCUCUUUAGAGGAGACCUUCUUAAAAAAUUGACUAUCUAGAGAAUCCUGCCCAGGUUAAUACUGUUGAUGGUGUAAAGUAGUUGUCCAACUAUUGUAAAGAGUAGUCAAACUAUUCUCAAGAGACACUUCGUAACCAGUUCUGAUAAUCUGGAAGAGUUGUUUGUUGUUGGCAGGCUGUCUUAGAGCCAGCCAGACAGGGCACUUGGGAUAGGACCUUUCUACCAAGUGGUUCGCAGACUAGACCUUUCUUGUUCUCCUCCUAGGCUUUUGACUCAAGACUUUAGUGUUAAGGCCAUGAGCCCAUGAGUCAGCUCCUUCAGGACUUUGGUAGAGGUCCCCGGGUUAGGUUUUCUGUCUGAAACAAUGGAGUCAUGUUUCCAGUAAGACAAUUUAAUAUUCCUUCCUUUUAAAAUUUCUCAUCUGCCGUUUGUGUGUUGUAGAUGGGUCUCAGUUGCAUGAGUGUGGCUAAUGUGGUUCUCAAAAAUUGGUCAUUAUGGCCAGACACAGCCUCUGCUCUGUCUUACUAACUCAGGACCUUAGCCAUUUGUAUCAGAGUUUGGAUGCUAGUGCCAAUAGCGAUGUUACCACUACCUACUUGGGAGAUAAUGAAACCAAUCAUGGAUGCUGUUUUUAUUGGGCGUGCCAUCUAAGAGAGGAGAAAUAGCCUGGGUCUUGGGUCCAAGAAUAAAGACAGGGUCAAAGGUAACUAGUUUAUGGUAGACAAGUUCUGGAAUUUCAUAUCAAACUGUAUCAUUGUCAUUUUAAGUAUCGUCUAGACCCAGCUGGGAUUCACAGCAAACCAUCUGGGCUACCUCAGGAUCCCCACCCACGCAUUGGGCUUAUUUGAGUUUGACAGACAUGUCCUUAGCCGGCCCCACGCAUGUAACAUGUUGGCAUUGAGCUUAAGCUCGGCUUGAUCUGAGCUUUCUCUUCCAUUUGUUUCAUUGGUGCAGAAGUGAGCUUCGUAGCUGGCCACUUAACGCCUUUCCUUUUUAGAAAAAUAAUAUAUUCACUGGUAUCUUUGGUCACUCUGGAACUUUUCGUCAUAUUGUUUUUUAUGGGACCCGUGACUGAUUACUUCCCUGCUUCUAUUAUAGAAGGAAUAGGAGUAAAAAGACCAUUGUGGUAAAUAGCAAAAAGGUCAAGGAGAACUUGGGACCAGAACCGCUGUUACAUACAGAAAAAGGCAAACUCAGUAAACUCAAAUUUGAAAUAAUUUUUUAUUGACAGCUAUGGUGAAUUUAAUUUGUUAUAUUUUAUACAAAUGAACUGUUUAGAAUCGUUCUUAAAAAUUUUAAGGGAAAUGCACUUACAAUACAAAAAUUUUAUAUUUGCUAUACAGUCAUGCGCUGCAUAACGACGUUUCGGUCAGCAAUGGAUCGUAUGUACAACGGUUUUCCUGUUAGAUCAGUACUGUAUAGCCCAGGUGUGUAAUAGGUUAUACCAUCCAGGUUUGUGUAAAUGCACUCUGGUGUUCGUACAACGGUGAAAUCACCUACCAAUGCAUUUCUCAGAGCGUAUCCCUGUCGUUGAGUGAUGCAUGACUGUACUUAAAUUAUGUGCUGUUUGGGGACUGGGAAAUGUAUUUUUACAUUGUUUAUAGCCAAUCAUUUUUAUAUUUAUCAAUUUAAAUCCUGUGGGUCUUUUUUAUCUCUCUCAAUGUCCAAUUUUGUAGUCUUCUUUUUAAAUAAAUCCGUUUUAUUGCCCAUA